UCCUUUUCCGACUGUUAUCAAAGAUCUCUCUCUCUCUCUCUCUCUCUCUGCAUUUCACAUUAUAGCUUUGAAGUCCAUCAUCGUCUUCUUUCUCUCUCUAAAUUCGACGUUCUAGCUCUGAAGAAGAUCUACAUAUUUCUGAACCAAACUUAGCGAAUCUCAUGGAUGAUCAAACCCUAGACACCCUCUCUCACCCCGAACCUUCUUCGAAUUGUGAACCAGGUCUUGUUUUCAUUCAUUCCCUUUCAGCUUUGCUUCCUAAAAUUGAAGAAGUGAACACGGGAACGAAGUUUCUUGAUUUGGCGUCAGAUCAAACCCUAGAAACUGCAACUUGCGACACAGAACAAAUUGGGGGAAAUACUGCUUCAAUGGACGAGGGUGAUGUUUCAGAUGGAGCCCAAGAAAUGUGUUCUGAUGAAGAGCCGAUUCUUCCAAUUCUGCAGAAAUUUGACGAAUUGAGCAACAAAGUCCAGACUUUGAAGAAGGAGCAUACAAUUUUAUGUGAUGAAGUGAAAGGCAUCUCAGCAGAUUCUUUUCCUGGCUCUGAAGUUUUCAGUGCUCUUCAGGAACUCAGUACUGAACAUGAACAUUUGAAAAAGAAGUACCAUGAAGAGUGUGAAAUUUUAAAGAAAAAAUACCUUGAAGAGACUUCUGAACGGAAGCGCCUCUAUAAUGAAGUGAUUGAGCUUAAAGGGAAUAUCAGGGUCUUCUGCAGAUGUAGACCAUUAAACCAAGAUGAAAUUGCAAGUGGGUCAUCUUCUAUAGUUGAUUUUGACUCAUCACAUGAAAAUGAGUUAAAUAUCAUCUGCUCUGAUUCUUCCAAAAAGCAAUUCAAGUUUGAUCAUGUAUUCAAGCCUGAGGACAACCAAGAGGCUGUUUUUGUGCAAACUUCACCUAUAGUGACCUCAGUGUUGGAUGGAUACAAUGUCUGUAUAUUUGCCUAUGGACAAACUGGAACUGGAAAAACGUUUACUAUGGAAGGAAACUCUGAAAAUAGGGGUGUUAACUACCGGACAUUGGAGGAGCUGUUCAGGAGUUCCAACAAAAGGAGCAGUAUCAUGAGAUACGAACUGUUCGUAAGCAUGUUGGAGGUAUAUAAUGAGAAGAUAAGAGACCUCUUGAUCGAGAACUCCAACCAACCUGCUAAAAAGUUGGAGAUAAAGCAAGCAGCAGAUGGAACCCAGGAAGUCCCAGGACUUGUUGAAGCUCGUGUUUAUGGUACAGAUGAAGUAUGGGAGCUUCUCAAGUUGGGGAGUCAAGCCAGAUCUGUAGGAUCUACUAAUGCUAAUGAGCUUAGCAGUCGUUCUCACUGCUUGUUGAGAGUGACUGUCAAGGGAGAGAGUUUAAUAAAUGGGCAGAGGACAAAGAGCCACCUUUGGCUGGUGGACUUGGCCGGAAGUGAGCGCGUGGGAAGGAUUGAAGUUGAAGGUGACAGGUUGAAGGAGUCUCAGUUUAUAAAUAAAUCCCUCUCAGCACUUGGGGAUGUUAUCUCUGCUCUUGCAUCUAAGACAGCCCACAUUCCAUACAGGAAUUCCAAGCUUACUCAUAUGCUGCAGAGCUCUCUAGGAGGAGAUUGCAAGACCCUGAUGUUUGUCCAGAUCAGCCCAAGUGCUGCUGAUUUGGGAGAAACUCUGUGCUCACUUAAUUUUGCUAGCCGUGUGAGAGGGAUAGAGCAUGGACUUGCUUGUAAAUAGGCAGACCUCACAGAGCUUGUCAAAUAUAAGCAACUGGCAGAAAAAGCCAAGCAUGAUGAGAAGGAAAUGAAGAAAUUGCAGGAUAGCUUGCAGUCGUUGCAAUUACGACUUGGUUCUAGAGAACACUUCUGCAGAAGUCUUCAAGAGAAGGUUCGAGAUCUUGAGAACCAAUUAGCAGAGGAGAGAAAAACCAGACUAAAACAAGAAACUAGAGCUUUGGCUGCUGUUUCUGCUCAGUCGUCAGCUCUAAACCAGACACAGAAGACCAUAGCAGAGAAAAAACCACCAUUGGGUCCCUCAAGAUUGAGAUUGCCUUUGCGAAGAAUCACCAAUUUCUUGCCCCCGCCAUCACCACAUCACAAGACCAGCACUCCCACUUCUUCUAUUCUCCCUGUCUCAACAGAUGACAAGGAAAACAUAUCGAAAACAACCAAGACAAAGGCACCCUUGAAAGCAAGACGUGGAUCCAUUGCUGUCAGACCUCCUCCUCCAGCAACAAAUCCGGUUCUUAAGCCUAAAAGGCGGGCCUCUGUUGCAACCCUCUACCCCGAGCCAAACUCAAAUGUGACGACUCCACUCAACAACCCCACUGCUCGGUUCAAGACUAACCGUGCAGUGGGUCGGCAAUCUUUUGUUUGGGACCCACAAAGGGUAUGGCGUACAUCACGGGUACACUCUCCGCUGACAAAGCUGAAGGAAGAAACUGCUGCAACAGCAGAGAGAACACCAACUGCUCUGAGGAGCAGUAAAUUUAUGGGAAGUCCUCCAACACAAGCAGCAGGUUCAUGGAAGCCAAAGCAUCCAACAGUUAUUGCAUUACAACGGAAACCUUUGAUAUGGAGUCCACUCAAGUUGAGAGGCUUGAAAAGUAACAGGAGAUCAUUAUUGCCUUCUUGAUCUUUCAAUGAUGCACAAAUCAAAGUUUUCACAAGCUGUGUUGUCAUUCAUCUAAAAAAGCUUACAAUUUCUUUUACGAUCACCCCUUUUUUUCUUUUUUUUCCUUGGGAUUUUGUGCUAGUGUAUUCUUCUUCCUUGCUAGUAAGUAGUACCAACUGCUUCUUCUUGAAGAUUGGUCUCCAUAGGGGGAAGCAUAUUGUUUUCUUUCUCUCAAACCUCCAUUUUACAAUAUAUGACAAUGAUUAGUUAGUUCAAUAAAUUACUUUUCUUUUUUUUA